AUGAAACAGUCAACUUUUCCAGAUCUGGACAAAGCACUCUCUGAAUGGUUCUGCAAGGUUCAAGCCAUGAAUAUCCCUGUUAGUGGACCACUCUCACAAGAAAAGACCAAGUAUUUUGCAGAACAGUUGGGACAUGAGAACUUCAAGGCAAGUAAUGGCUUUCUGGAUAAGUUCAAGGAAAGACACGGAAUUACAGGCCAGGCUGUAUGUGGUGAAGAGAAGAGUGUAGAUCCCGGUAUUGUUGAAACUUGGAGUGAGCAUCUCUGGGAUAUUUGCUGCAGCUACAGUAUGAAAGAUCACUUGAAUGCUUACGAAACUGGAGUUAUGUGGAAAGCUACCCCGACUCAAACACGAAACUUGAGUGGAGAAAAAUGCACUGCUGGUAAGAAAAGUAAAGAUCGCGUGACAGUGCUUUUGGCCCGCAACCAGGAUGGCACAGAGAAGCUACCCCUUUUGGUGAUAGGAAAAGAUGCUAAACCCAGAUGUUUUAAGCACAGUAACAUGAAUUUGCUUCCUCUCACCUAUUAG